AUGCCUGAGGACACCACCGCCUCCAGGCUCCGUCUCGCCGGGCUGUGCUUCCUCCUCCAAAUCUUCACCAUCAUCCUCUUCGCCGUCUUCGUCCGGUACAGCCCAGAGAGCAGCCCCGGUGCCUGCUCCCAGCAACUGAACUGCAGCUGGAAAAAACAGGAUUUGGGUUCUCAGCACCCCCGAUCCCGGGAUGUCCACCUCCAAGUUCUCCUUGGCUUCGGGCUCUUGGUGGCCUUCCUCGGCCGCUACGGGCUGGGCAGCGUGGCCAUCAGCAUCCUCAUCGUGGCCUUCGCCAUCCAGUGGGCUGUCCUGAUCCAGGGGUUUUUGUACUUCUUCCUGAAUGGCAAAAUCUACGUGGGAGCCGAGAGCAUGGUCAGUGCUGACUUCUGCACGGCAUCCGUCCUCAUCUCCACCGGAGCCGUUCUGGGCAGGGUAAACCCCGUGCAGAUGCUGCUGCUGACCCUGCUGGGGGUCACCCUCUUCAGCAUCAAUGAAUACAUCCUGCUCGGUCUCAUGGAGAUAAGUGACAGUGGGGGAUCCUUGACUGUCCACACCUUUGGGGCUUAUUUCGGCUUGAUGGUUUCACGGAUCUUGCACCGGCCUCAUGUGGGCAAGAGGAAAGAGCCGCAGGACACGGGGCAGCAGGCAGAUGUCUUCUCUGUGGUUGGAACCAUCUACCUGUGGAUCUUCUGGCCCAGCUUCACCUCAGCCACCACGGUCCGCAAUGACGCGGAGCCCUGGGUAGUGCUCAACACCUACUUCUCGCUGGCAGCAAGCACCCUGGCCACCUUUGUCCUCUUGCCUGUCCUCUACGAGGAGAGCACCCUGCGGAUGGUUCAGAUCCAGGAUGCCACCUUGGCUGGGGUGGCUGUGAUGGGUAUGGCUGGGGAGAUGCUGGUCACCCCCUUCGGGGCCCUCAUCGCGGGGUUUCUGGCUGGUCUGAUCCCCCCGCUUGGCUUCAGAUUCCUCACGCCCGUCCUGCGCUCCAGGCUGAAGACCCAGGACACGUGUGGGGUUCACAACGUCCAUGGGCUGCCAGGCCUCCUGGGGACCCUGCUGGGGACGCUGCUGGGGGCACUGGCCACUGCAGACGCUUACGGUGGGAGGCUGGAGCUGGUGUUCCCGCUGGUGGCCCAAGGUAGCCGGACGGCCGCCACCCAGGCCCUGUGGCAGCUCUGGGCCCUGCCCGUCACCCUGCUGCUGGCCAGCCUCGGGGGCUGCCUGACCGGAGCCGUCCUGAACAUGAAAGGACUGAGAUCUCCCCCGGACACGUCGGAUCCGGAAAACACCGUCCUCCGAGAGGCAGCCGAGGAAGGAUGCGACCGCAGGGCGAGCAGAAAGGAGCCGAGCACCAGCACCUUGGUCUGAUGACCCCGACCCCUCGGUGAUGUCCUGCACCACCAGGCUCAACCCUCUGCCAGCAUCUCCAGUGCCAGGGAGCUUCUGGUAACCUGAAUUUCCCAGUAGCCCACCCCGGAGACAGCCAGGCUUGUCCCCAGGUGGGAGCCAGCUCCUGGUCCCAAAGGUGUGGGGAGCAGUGGGGUGCCCCCGGGUCUCUGCAGGGUGAAGAGAUGCUACAGUGACUUUGGUGUUUGUUGUGGGAGCGACCUGGCUCCCUCCAGGGACACCUCAGGGUGCCCAGACAUGGGUCUGCCACUUCCCCUCCUCUGUGCCGUGCCUCAGUUUCCCCAUCUACUGCUCUCCUGAGAGAGGAAGGCAAUGAGGGGGGGGGUGUCCCAGGCUCCACAGAGACCAGCAAAGACUUUCUAGGGACACUUUUGCACACAACGAUUAAAACUCACAGAUCUUUUGUACUUUCGGGGUUUCCCACGUGAGUUUACACAGAACCUUUGCCACUGAAUUUCCUUCAGGUGUCUUUCCAGGGAGGAAAGAGAAGCCCCCCCACCCCAGGACCCUCUUUCACCCUAAAGACCAUGGGGUGGGUUGCCCCACUCCUGUUGACCACCCCCCCCAGGGUGGGUACCCUACCAGAGCCUUUGUCACUGCCCAGAGCAUCCAAUACUUGGGGGUGCAAGACCAGGGUGACAACAGGGUCCCCCACCCAGGGGUGACCCCUGCCUUCCCCUUAUCACUCAUUGCCUUGCACUGGAGAUGGGGGCCAAGAAAAAGCCCCCCACCCCCCAAAACAGGAAAGUGCCCACCAGCACCCAGCCCUGUGGGGAGAAGGUUGCUCCCCUGGCCAUUGCAGCUCCAAGGACCCCCAGCAGCACCCAGCAUCCUGUGUCCCCACAUGCCCCCCACAGAGAGGGUCUCACCCUACCUCCUCCCCCAGGCCCCCAAAGCUCCCUGGGAGCUGCUUUGAGCACCCCGGGAAUGUGGGACCUCUCAAAGCGCGGGGUCCUGCGGUACCGAGAGCAGGGGAACGGCCCCACAGGGCUCCUGGGGGGGCAAUGGUGGCCGUGCUGGGGGUCCCCCCCAGAACCCACCCCACAACAGCCCGGGGGGCAGCUGCCAGAUGCUUUCACACCUCCAGUGCCAGACUCCAGCCCUCGCCAGGUGGGGUUCCCCCAGGCACGGGUGUCCCCAGCUGCCACCACCGUCCCCCGGGGAGGGGACACAGCCCCAUCCCACACAGAGGGGACAGGGGGUUCAGGGCCAAUGCAAGGAGGUUUGGGGUCAGUGGUUUUAAUACCUGAUGCUGUUGAAACACUUUUUUUUUUUAUAUUAUUGCAUCAAAGAUGAAAAGAAAAAAAACCCUAUCGUUUGGUUGCAGACUGACCAUAAAACAUUAAAUCGUA